CUCGUCAACUUGUAUUAUCUUCUCCAUAUUUUUUCCACAGGUUGAGAAAAAAGAACAUGGGAAAAGACAAAGACAAGCAUAGGCCUGAUCAUGAUGAUAAGGGUCUCUUUUCAAACCUUGCUCAUGGUUAUGGUCAUGGAGGAUACCCUCCUCCCGGAGGAUAUCCCCCUCAAGGCUAUCCACCAGCUGGUAAUCCUGGCGCAUCCCAUUCAGGGCACAGUGGCUUAGGGGGGAUGAUUGCCAGCGGUGCUGCAGCUGCAUCGGGGGCUCACCACAUGGCCCAUGGUUCUCAUGGUGCUUACGGUGGUCAUGGUGGAGGCCAUUUUGCACAUCACGGGAAGUUCAAACAUCAUGGUGGGAAAUUCAAGCACGGUAAGCAUGAGAAGUUUAAGCACGGGAAGCAUGGAGGAGGCAUAUUCAAGAAGUUGAAGUGAUUUACUAUCAACUAACAUAACAUCAAUUUCAACUGGUUUUAUAAAUAAUUACAGAC